GACCCAAGUCCCUUGCUCGCGCGGCUUUACGUCACGUGGAACCAACCAGGUUCCAAAAGAUACUAAUAGAUAAACAAAUAAGGGUUCACGUCGAUACUCCGGCGGUUAGUCACGUAGCACAAGUGAAUCUAAAUAGGUCCACUCACGAAACGGAGCCGUCACACAUGGUAAGACUGGUGCUUUAUUUGAAUGCGAAGAUGAAGCUGGACUCAUUAUCUGUGCUGUGUCUGUCACUCAUUUUGUUUCACACCCAUUCUUCGCUGGCUAAGAGAGGCGGCGGUGGUGGCGGCGGCAAAUUCUUCGGCAAAAAUAUGUUUCCUGCAUGGAUGCGAGGCAGCGGCCACAGAAAUAAUCAGGGCUCCAGAUUUAAGGGUUGGGGACCCAAACAGUCUGGACAAAACAACCAAGGAGGCAACCCGCCGCAGUCAGGCAGACCUGGGUAUCCUCUGGCAAGUUACCCGCGGCAGCAGGGUGGCGUCUACCAUAACCAGUAUCCAGCACAGGGCUCCCCAUAUGGAGGAGGUUAUGGUGUUUAUCCAGGUACAUAUAUCAACCAAAACCCAAACAACAAAGUCCUGAGCCCUCACUAUGGAGGCAGCUAUGGAUAUGGGGGAUACGGUGGUGGGGGCGGCUCUCCCUUUUCCCACUCAGUUCAGGCAAUGGGUUUGUAUCCCCAAGAUAAAUCCAGGGGUUUUGGGCGCGGUGCAGUAAUGUCAGUGGCUGGAGGGGCGAUGGCAGGCAUGGCCCUGGGUUACGGACUAGGGAGGUUCCCUCGUCCUCACUUCCACUUCAACCGCCCCGAGGAGGAGUACUACUACAACUACUACAUGUACAGGAAAUAUGGCGUCAGGUCCACUGAUACCAACGAUUAUGGCAGAGACUACAGGUACGACCAACCCACUUUGACCUACGACCGCUUCAUGGACUCGUGCAUGAAGAGGACAGACCUUCUGCCUGAGGUGAAUCAAAAGCCAAGAAACAAACCAGCUGCCGCCGCCGCCACCACAACUGCUGUUGUGAUAGAGACCAACAGCACUGCGGCAGAGAACUCCUCCACCUCCUCAACGCAGCCUGAGGCCGGCCCUGUGCCUCCAGCCUCGCAGGCGGUCAGUGACGCUGAGGACGAGGGUGUUGACGCUGAGGACGACGACGACACAGUCAGCAUUGUGGAGAUCGGCUAUCCGGCACUGAUUGAGCAGCUGAAGGCCCGGAGGUGUCUGGAGCUCUACAUGGUUUACUCUGAAAAGUACCUGAAGAGGCAGACGGGAGGGGCGCAGGGGCCGGAGAUGGGCCUGCCAGGUCUUUUGGUAGUGGUCACCACCGGUACUCUACUGACGCUGCUGAACAGCAACGUGCUAACUCUGCAGCGCCUAGGCCUUCAUUAACAGGGAACGUGAAGAGGGAUGCGUUUAAAGAAUUGAACUAAAUGGAAAGUGAUUCAGGGAGUGGAGGAACCUCUCACGAUAAAAUUCAGCUUCCAUGCUUGUUUUCUUUUGAAGGAAGCAGUUGAAUGGAAGAGGUAACAGUGAAGAGCCACACAAACUGCACAUCCCUUCUCCUCUUCCUCUUCUGAAAGAGAGAGGGUCCAGUAACUGUACUCUGACACUGAGGAUUGUGAUGGUGGUGAUGUUAUUGUGCAUUUAAAUUUAUUCAACGUGCUCUCUGCCAUAGAAAUGAAGAGUGGCACUUGCUCAUAUUUCUGUCUUUGCAAUCUUUCCCUUUUUUAUAUGUAUCUAUCUAUUCAAGUCUCACUGUCAGCACAGAGCACCUUAAUAUAUAUGAAUAUUUCCAUGUGUACUGCCUCUGCUCUGCUUUGCAUAUUGUAUAUUUUCUUGUAUAUUUUUAAAAAUGUGUGCCUGCCUCCUUUUUGUCUUCUUGUUUUUCCAGUAUUCCGCCUUUUUUCCUGUCUCUGGAGGAGCUUGUGAUUCCAGAGGAACCCUCAAGUGUAAGACUCAUGAUCUAAUUUGUUGAUCUCUUGUUGUUUUGCAUCAUCAAGUUUAUGGUCACCAAGCCUGGAUAUUGAGAUUUGUGCGUAAAGAUUUGUUCAAUAAUUUUUGUAUUUAUAGAAGCUGAUUAAAAAACAAUUGAAAUGUAA